UCGGGGGCCGCUUUCGCUCCGUCUCCGCCGGAGAGGAGGCAAGUCUUCCCCCUUCCCUUCUCUCUCUCUCUCCCCCCUCUGGCCCAUGGACUUCUAUCCCCAGGACCCGGCCAGUCUCGCCCCCCGCCCACCCCUGAAUGGGGCGACAGGAGACAGGGCGAAAGUGUGAAGAAAGCGGAGAUUUCACUCGGACGCCGCAUGCUAGUGAACCAGAGAGGGGGAGAGAGCCGGCGGACCGGGAGAUAACACAGGGGCUCCCAAAACAGGCACAGUUCCCAGCUUCAGUCUUUGAAGAGGUGACCUGGUGGACAAAAUGAAAGGUCCCCUCCGCUUUGACAAGCUCAAAAUGCCGGAAGGAGCAGAGAGUGCCAGUGAAAGCCAGGUCUGCAAUCGAGGCGCUCCUCGGCCGUGCUCAGCCUCCUCGCUCAGCCUGAUGACGGCGGUGACAGACAGCAUGGCGGCCGCGCCUAGCUCGGACAGCCUUACCUCCAUGAACACGGUGUGCUCGGACAGCGACCGGCCCGCCAGCCUCAGUUCCUCGGCCUCCUCGGCCUCUCUGCCGGACAGCGCCAGCGCCUUCAGCAGCGGCUCGGCCCGCCCUGCGCAGCACGGCAGCGACAUCAGCCUGGACCUGACGCCGGUGGGCCAGGGAGAGACGCCCUCUGACGACCCCUCGGGCGGAGCCGAGGUCCCGGCCCUCCGCCUGGUCUCCCCGGCCACGGAUAUGCCGGCCCACACCCCAGCCACCCCCCAGCAGGAGGAAACCAUCGUCAAGCCCUCGCGAGUGGAUAGGGUGGUCAGGGAGAUUGUGGAGACAGAGCGAGCCUACGUCAGGGACCUGAAGAGCAUUGUGGAGGAUUACCUGGGCUGCAUCAUUGACUGCGGAGAACUGCCCCUCCAGCCGGAUGAAGUAAACACCUUGUUUUGCAACGUUGAGGACAUCUACCAGUUCAACAGUGAGCUGCUGGAAGACCUGGAGGGUUGCAAGGACCCCAUUGGGGUGGCGGAAUGCUUUGUGGAACGAAGUGAAGAAUUUGAUAUCUACACUGUGUACUGUAUGAACUAUCCCAACUCUGUCUCCCUGCUGCGGGACUGCAUGAAGAACGGUACCCUGGCCAAGUUCUUCCGUGAGCGACAGGCCUCCCUGUCACACUCGCUGCCUCUGGAAACGUACCUGCUGAAGCCUGUCCAGAGGAUACUGAAAUACCAUCUCCUGCUGCAGGAGCUGGCCAAGCACUUCGACAAGAGCGCUGACGGGUACGAGGUGGUGAAGGAGGCCAUUAUCACCAUGACGGCAGUGGCCUGGUACAUCAACGACAUGAAGAGGAAGCAGGAACAGGCGGUCAGACUGCAGGAGAUUCAGAACUCACUGCUGAACUGGACGGGUCCCGACCUGAUUGCGUUCGGAGAGCUGGUGCUGGAAGGAACAUUCCGGGUACAGAGAGCCAAGAAGGAGCGGACGCUGUUUCUCUUUGACAAGAUGCUUCUCAUUACCAAGAAGAGAGCAGAUCAGUACACCUACAGUCUGCACAUCUUUUGUUGCAACCUGACGUUGUCGGAGAACAUGAAGGAUUCCCUCAGCUUCCGAGUGACUGACCUGACGGUUCCGAGGCAGCAGCACACACUCCAGGCCAAGAACCAAGAAGAGAAGAGGCUGUGGAUACAUUACCUCAAGCGGUUAAUCGUAGAGAAUCACCCGGCCUCCAUCCCACAGAAGGCGAAGCAGGUGUUGCUGGAAAACCACUCUCAUUACUCGCCAGUGAAUUGUUACAGUCCAGAGCCCUUGAAGAAAGUUGUCUCCUCACCCCACCUAGACGAUUCCCGAGGAUGUUCACGAGGGCGAAGACAGUCGGAACCUCCAGUGUUCAGCUACACCCCAGAAAGAUCGAAGAAGAUAUUUCCCCUGUUAAAUGCAGAGAAUUCAUUGCCAUUCUGGCGGGGAAGAAGGCAGUCUGAGCCGAGCAAACAGAUUCAGGCAGUGAUUGAGCAGACUGGAUCACCACUGAAGUACACAGGCAGUGAGGACGACCUGCUGUCCAACAUGGAGACCCUCAGCCUACUGGGCAGCGUCAGCACGCUCGCAUCGAGUGUACUGGAGCUGGAAGCUGAGCCUGUGGAGAUGGGCUGUCUGGAGACCCCUAGCCCCGGGGACAUGGCAGAGCCCGCAGGCCCGAGCGAGGAGAAAGAGCUGCAAGAUCCCAACCAGUAUGAGGAGCCGGAAUUCUGUGGUAUUGGAAGCAUUGAUCUGGAGAUGGAACAGAUAUUUGCUGGGAUGGAGUAUCUGCAGAAGAAGGUUCCAGAGGACCUGCACGCGAUUGUGGAGGAGACCCCGCCCCUGUGUCGACCUCGGGCUGUGCCUGACGAACCCCUGGAUGUCUUUGAAGAUACGGACGUCAAAGGCUGUCCACUGGUGGAUGCUUCCUGUGCUGAACAGGCUGAAGAAACUGGGCCUUGCACCACUGAGUCUUCUGAAGACAGUGACCUCCACAAAGGGAAGAGGAUUCCCUCGCUGCAGAACCUAGUGGAUUUGGGAGGGACGGAUCAGGAAGACCGCAGUAGCCAGGUUCUGGAGGGUGAAGGUACUUGCGCUAGUGAUGGGGAUGGAAACGGGGGUGCUGGUGGUGACACCCAGAAUUUGUACCCAAGCACCAAAGGUAACGAUACUGGCAGUGACGAGGGAGCGGGCUGCACCGCCGGCAGACAGGGGGGCAGCCAUCAGGUUGUGGUGAUCUCGGAGGACGGUGCUGUGCAGAAGGUGCUACCACCAGAGACUGCUCCAAGCUCCAGUCCUGCUGAUGUACCAGAGAACAAGGUGAGCGGGAGGGAGUCCUCUCGCAUGGAGGACGACCGGCUGCUAAUUGAGAAGAUCAAGAACUACUACGAGGCAGCGGAAACAUCCAGUGACCAGCACCUCGUCCAGCGCCGGGAGAGCAUCUCCUUUAUCCCCACUGGGGUGGUGAGGGAUUCUAUUUUACGCUUCAACUACAAGACGGCACACGAGCGGAUCGAGGAACUCCACGACGACAAAGCGGGCGCCAGGGACAGCCCCCUUCAGCCCGGUGACUCCGGACCCAACCAGGGGAUGGGACUGCCGCAAGGAGGUGGCGAGACUUGCUCGCCCUCGGCCUCACAGCAGGAGGAAGGCCGGGGUCCCUCCCCGGGCCCAGUGCCCGUCAACGGCCACAGCAGCCCUGCUGGCGGUGAGUCGGAACUGGAGUUCAGGUCGUGCGCAGAGAUCAUCACGGUGUGGCGGGAGAUGGAAAGGGCCGCUCACUUCUGGGGCCACUGCCCGCAGGGGAGCGGGGCUGCCCGGGCCUCCCCCCGGCCGACGGAGGCUAGUCCCGGUGAACCGCUGCUCAUCCUCGAGGACUCGGACCUGGAAUCCAGGGCGGACACCCACAGUGACCCGCCAAGCAGCCCCGGGGAAGAGCAGCACCCUCGGGGCACGGAGGGGCCCGGGGAUCCCGGCCUCUGCUGCUUUGGUGAAGGCGCUGACCGAUGCCUCCUCCAGAACUCCGAAAAGAUCAUGACCAAAGUCCAGCUACUGGCAAAAAUGUACAGCCAGCGGAUCAGCCGGAAGAAAGCCCUGUUGCAGCGGCGUGUCUGGGAGCUAGAUCCCGAGGCAAGGCCUGGGCUCAAGCUGCGCAGGAGAAGGCUGGCUCCAGACCUGUCCCGAGCCCAGGAGUGCCAGCAGGAGCACAACUACGAUUCGGUUCGGAGUUUGGAGCCACCCGCUGCGUUCGGACACCUGAUCAUUCGGGAACCCAUCCCUGUCCUGUUCGCCCAGGAGAACAGCGUCCAACCCGCUGCCCUCAGGGUGCAUCCUGCGGUGUCCAGCCCGCCAAAGCAUGCCCCAGACUCGCCAGGCGAUCCAGCGUCAGGAUGCGCCUCCCCACUGAGCCCCAUGCCCUCGGGCUCCCUGCAGCUGGUCGAGUGUGCGCACAGUCCGGGCAUUUGCACGGAACGCCUGCCAGAGUUUCCCACCACCCGCCCGCACCCGGACUCCCAGAACGAAGCCCCUGCAGCCACUCUUGCUUCAGCCCGAUCCAGGUCACCCUUGCCCAUGUCGCCUCCAGCCCCCAGACUUGCCUCUCCCUGUGCAGCGGGCCCUACAGGUGAGGGGAGGCUUGGGGGGCCUGGUCCCGCAGAGGAACCAGCGCCCAGGUCCGGGCUCCCGCUGCCCUGCGCCGCCUCUGAAUUGUGCUGCCCCCUGCCCAGCUGGGUGAGCCUCCGGGGCCGUUCUCCCUCCCCCUCCGCUGUCAAACAGCUGGAACAGUGGAUGUGGCAGCCAAGGUUCACCCACACCACUCAGCCUUGCCCAUCUGCAGGCACACACGCCCGGACACCCUCUCCGUCCCAGCCUUGGGAGAGCCGCGACCCGGAGGGUGAGCCCAGAGUACACCCGAGUCCCGGCGUGGAGGAACCCCCGCCGCCGCCUCCGCCCUGCACCUCUAUCCGGCUUCGGUCUCCCUCCCCGUUCCGGAGCCAGAACCGGGCGGAACCCCCCCAACCCUCUGGCUGCCAGCGGCCCAUCUCCCUCCAGUUGUGCUCUGCCCUGCCGGGCGAGAGCGAGCCAGCGCCCGUGGGCUUUAGACCCCACUCCCGAAGGGGCAGAGCCCGACCUGAGAGCGGGGCGGCGCGGUUCUCUCUCACGGGCUCCGGCUUGGGUCCCCGGUUGCGCCCUCCCUCAGAACCGGGUUUGGGCAGCAAUCCCUCGCCCAGCGAGAGUCCAGUGCGGUGUCCGCAGGCCAGUCCAUUCCACCCGAACCCCGACCCGGAUGGGACCCAGAUCGUCUCGGGUCCCAGCGAUCACAGCCCUGGGCCGCGAUCCCCAGGUACGCCCGCUGGGCUCCAGCCCUCCGCCUCUCCGUGCCCAAGUGUCAUGUCACCGUGCAGCAGCAGACGGGCCACCGAAGCGGCGGAUUCAGAGGUGGUGGCCCCCCUGCCCCCACCCGGCCCGUGCUUCGCUCCCUCUCCCCCCACCUCUCCGUCCAGCUCCCCGCCCGAGGAGCUGGAGCCCAUCAGCCGGUCUGGCAGCGGGACUCCGGAGCCUGGGGAGGCAGAGAAGGCGCGGCGCCUUUCCGCUGGCGGGCGCACCAGCUACUCCACCACGCUCAGCCUGCAGAUCGGCGGCGGCGGCAGACCAGCCACCAUUAGCCGGGCGCAGGUCAGCCUGACCCAAACGUUCUUCCCCGCUGCCGCAGCCCGUAGCCCACGCAGGAUCACCGGGACCAGCGCCAGCAACCCCCCCUCGACGUGAGCCUGGAGCCAGCCACGCCCCCAUCUCGCCCUUCCAGCCUCAGCGCACCGGGCACCCCCUUCCUAAGGCCCCUACCAGCUGGAGCAGCCCUCGGGUCCAGGUGUGAUUAGAAGCUGCCCCCUCUCCACCACCCCACUCUUCGGGAUGAGGCUGUAGAACGGGAUCAGAAAGCAGCAGCCACGCAGGCAACGGGCUGAACGGCCGCGCCGUGCGCCACCUCGAGGUGUCCAGGCGGAGGGGGAAGUAGGUGGGAGUCGGCGGCCCUGAACCCGAUCUCAACCCGGUAACCCCGCUGUCCAGGGCUUGGGGCAGGAGGCCGAGACCUGAGGGUCACUGCACUGGCCAGGCAAACUGGAGUCACUCUUCACUCUCCCCUUCCCCUUCAUUCCUCCUUCCCACCUUCCUCCACCCUCUCCUCCUUGCUCUUCUCACCUUUCUCUCUGACCUCUCCCCUCCCCUCUCUCCCCACCCCACCUCUUACUCUUUCUGCUCCUCUUCCCCCUCUACAUCCCUUCCACUCCUCUACCCCUCAACUCUCUCCUCUCCCAUUCCCUUCCUCACCCCCUCCAGUGAAUAGUAUCUAACUGUUUGACACCCCUCCCACCCCAUUGUCCCGAGUGGACUCCAGCACCCGUGGGGGAGUGCCUGCCCAAAGCAUGGUCAUCUGUCGAGCUCCCGGCAGUGGGGAGAGGGAUGAUGCAGCGUAGGAGGGGUUAAUGGAAGUCCUUUCCGCUGGCGGUGUGACCCCGUUACUGGGUGCCGGCGGGCUUCUGACCAGCACCUGCCCCUCGCUCCCCCCAGGACCUGCAGAAUGAAGUGUGUGGGGGUGCACCGGACCAGGGGGAAGUGUUUCUCUUCAUCACUUGCACAGCACACCGCAAAGGCCAACGAGAAGCUUCACACUGCACUGGGGAGAGUUAUUUUUUACCAUAGCUACGAGAGUCCUGGUUUCUAUAUUUUUGUGAAAUGCCUAUGGUAUCAGUUAUUAUUUGUCUUGAACAUUCAGAGAGACGGGAUCAGACUUUUGUAAAUAUCUCAGUUGGAUAACAUCUAACUACAUCGCCGCCCUGACGUGGAUUGUGAUAAUCUCUCCUUUCCAAUUUUUAUGAAACUUUUUUGAAAAUAAAGAAAACCCUAUUCUAAUCAUACUGGCAAACUUCCCUGCACUGAGCUAAAAAUCCGUAACUCUAUUUCUGUGAGGAAUUUUCAAUCUUUUGCACUCAAACUGCUUUGCAACUGAUGAGAUCUUUUCAUAGAACAGUCUCUGCCCCAAGGGUUCACAACCGUUUUAAUGCCACGAACCCCAGGUUGGGAACCCCUGCUCUGUCCUAAGUUUUGCACAGAAAGCUCCCACAAACAGCAAGAUGCCUAGAUGGUCUGCUUUGAUGAUGCUAAUUGAGAGGGGCUGCACAGUUUCUAGAAACGUUUUGACAGAAUUGUUCGUGCACAACCACAUCUUCUGCAAACAGACAUGUAGUCCUUGGUCCUAUUUAUGAGCCGAUGGGACAAAAUUCCAGACAACACACGUAGUUUGUCAGCAAUGAGAUUUCCUCCCUACAUCACAACUCAGUUUCCAAAAUGACAGCCAAUCAGCUGAUUGAUUAGUUUAUAAACGCCAAGCAUUCAGAGCGCCCACCACAAUCAGUAGCGCACUAAUGACGUCUCCUCGAAUGGUGACGAGACGUUUGCGAGUUAAUCCCCAAGAUCAGAAAACAACUCAGCCCAACCCUCAACCACCCGAGCUACACACCUUUCGAAUUAUUUUGCAAAAUGCUGGAAAUAGAGUGAAGAGUGGGCUGUGGACGUGGUAGAAAGCCAGGCGACACCUCAGGAGAGAAGCUUUCAUUCUCUCCACAUAGGCUGACUGAUUUAUGCCCACUUUGUUGUUUUUACUUGAUUUGAGCGGCUGCAGCCCUUUCCCUGGGGAGAACUCUGCUCUUCCAUGUUGUUCUGGAGAGACCCCCCCAUGAAUCCAUCUGGUAUAGGGGAGAGGGCAGGAGGAUGGGGUUGCUGGGGAUUAGAUUAGAUUAUGAGAACACUCAGUCCUCUUUUAUUGUCAUUUAGAAAUGCAUAUAUGCAUUAAGAAAUUAUACAAUGUUUCUCCGGAGUGAUACCACAGAAAAACAGGACAAACCAAAGACUGACACUGACAGAAACACAUAAUUAUAACAUAUAGUUACAGCAGUGCAAAGCAAUACCAUUAAUUUGAUGAAGAGCAGAACAUGGGCACGGUAAAAAAAAGUCUCAAGUCCCGAUCGACUCCCGAGUCCCCGAUAGCAGGCGGCAAAAGAGAGAAGCUCCCUGCCAUAAACCUCCAGGCACCGUCAACUUGCCGAUGCCUUGGAAGCAGCUGACACCGAGUCCGUCCGUCCGAAAACUUCGAACCUCCGACCAGCCCCUCCGAUACAGCCUCCUGAGCGCCAUCCUCUGCUGAGCGCCCUCAACCUAGCCCCAGCCACCGAAACAAGCAAAGCCGAGGAUUCGGGGCCUUCUGCUCCAGAGAUAAUAGAUAAGUAAUGAUUUUAUUUAGGGAUACAGCAUGAUAACAGAUCCCUUCGACCCAAUGAUCCUGCACCGCCCAGUUACACCCAUGUGACCAAGUAAUCGCUUAACCAGAAUGUAUUUUGAGUGUGAAGAAGCUGGAGGAAACUUUCGCGGUCACAGGGAGAAGGUACAAACUCCUUGCAGGCAG